GGGAGUUUCAGGUUGAGCAGACAUCAUCAGUGGGGCGACAGGAACUCAUCCACCAUCACAAGUCACAUUUUGCUGGGGUCAAAGUCUGAUCCCCAGCCUACAUCCCGAGGUUGGGUAGGAUCCAGGGGUAAGACGCACUGGCCCUCGCCUGCCCGCUGCCCUGCCGUUGCCAGCUCCAAAUCUGGAGUCAGGACCUGGGGUCGAAGGGUCUAGAGGCCCGGGCCAAACAACGGGACCCUCUUCUUUUCUUGCCGCUUUGAGCUGCUUGCACUACUCUGACUGCUUGCUUGCUGCGCUGCCCACCUUCCAAGGCCGAUCUUGACGUCGACCUGCCCACCUGCCGCUGCGGCCCACAAUACCAGGGCACAUCUCUUGGACUGGCCCUCUUCAACACUGCUCCAGACACCGGCUUGUUGCAAGAAGCUGCACAUAUCGCAUUGCGCAGACACCACAACUCGAAUCAACAUUGCACGUGCCACAACAGUGCCUAUCAUUGCCUGCAACCCAGCCUGGAACCCAUCAUGGCUCUACUCGAUGCCCCCCAGGCCAAAGGUGCCUUGAAGGGGGGUCCGACUCUCCUCGGAGUGCCAAUGAAGCAGGCAUCGCUCAUUACAUUGACCUUCCAAAACUCUGCUCUAAUCCUCAUAAUGCAUUACAGUCGGAUAAUGCAACCCACUGGGGACCACAGAUACUUCACGAGCACCGCUGUCUUUCUCAAUGAGGUCAUCAAGCUUGCCAUCUCCGCCUCUUUCGCCCUCUACGACGUCUCGAGGAGCCUUGCGCCCCAGACUCCCGCCACAGUAUUGUUCGAGCAGAUAUACAGGUCCGUAUUCAGCGGCGAUGGAUGGAAGCUGGCGAUCCCGGCAACAUUAUACACCUUCGAGAACACGCUGCAGUACGUGGCUCUGGGGAACCUGGACCCAGUGCAUUUCCAGGUCUUGUACCAGCUCAAGAUCCUCACCACGGCAGUUUUCACCGUCCUGCUCCUCGGCAGACCCCUGAGUGGCAAGCGCUGGACAGCUGUCAUUCUCCUCACCAUCGGCGUCGCUAUCGUAUCCUUGCCCACAGACCCGAAAGAACCCUCCAUAUCCAUCCACGACUACAGCGACCACUUCUUCCCGCGAUCGAUGCACGAGCUUGGGCAAGCUGCCGGUGGCGCGGUCGAUGUGGCACGCCAUCUUACGAGAAGAGCCGUGGAAGGAUUCGCAGAGGGGGCCACUAGUCUGUACAAGCGAUCAGCCACGUACGAAGGUAUUGAGGAAGAUCUGGACAUGAGUCCCAAGAUGAACUACUCCCUUGGCUUGUCCGCAGUCCUUGUUGCAGCGGUGCUAUCUGGACUGACGGGGGUGUACUUCGAGAAGGUGCUGAAGGAAUCGAGCUCGCCCGUCUCCGUAUGGACGAGGAAUAUUCAGCUGUCUUUCUACAGCCUUUUCCCUGCUCUUUUCUUUGGGGUGAUUAUGAAGGAUGGUGAUGAGAUUGCCAAGCAUGGCUUCUUCGAGGGCUACAACUCGGUCGUCUGGACUGCUAUCGUCUUCCAGGCCAUCGGCGGUGUGCUUACGAGCCUCUGUAUCAACUACGCGGACAACAUCGCCAAGAACUUCGCUACAAGCAUCAGCAUCGUGGUCAGCUUCGUAUUUAGCCUCUGGUUCUUCGGCUUUCAGGUCUCUAUCAUGUUCAUACUGGGCACGGCCUUGGUGAUCUUCUCAACGUGGCUGUACAGUGGGCCUGACAGGAAGCGAGGCCGGCCCCCGCCUAUCAGCAUCGUUGGCUACGAGAAGACAGUCAUUGCUUCAACACCAAGACUUCAGUCACCAGAGGACACAAAGCUUCUAAAUCCGAUGGAUUCCGCGGCGUCUCUCGGUCUGUCGACAUCUAGGCCAUCGACGCCUUUGAGACACCACGCGAGGGUCCCAUCUGCUAGAGGCAAGGCGCGAGACGAAUAGAGUCAGACACACGAGACCGAGAUAAAUAUGCAUCGACGUUGGGUGGCGAGUCAUUUGAAUGAUGGGGGAUUACGGUUGGAAGAAGCAAGACGAGGCGGGAAAAUGAAAAAGGCGUGUGGGCUCACCGCCCGUCGUGAACGCUAUGUGUGCUGGCCGUGGGGGAUCAGCCAGCAUGGAACGGGCACAAUGAAUGUUGGAAGGACUAACGAUCAAAAUAGAUACCCAGGUUGAGGAGAAAUUCAGAAGGGGCGUCAAAAGGUGUGGACCUCCACAAAUACCAGUGUAGCACUGAAAGUUCGGGAAGGGAAAAAAGAGAACAGUUCGAAUUUACUACAAGUGGCACACCACUUCAUGCAGUAGGGAAGAAGAGGCCAACGAUGGCAUUUGCAAUGGAGCCGACUGCCACAUCCUGCUUCAACAGUGGCAUCCUCAUGCGCUGAUGUGCAUGCAGAUAAUCUGGAGAUGCUGUGCAUGCCAUACUGAAGUACCAGAAAUCACAGGCAGAGUGUCGAAGUCAAAUCCAUUGCAAUGAGUUAGGGGAGACAAAUCAGGUAGCCGGUGGUUUGCUACAGGAGGCAGAGGCAGUAUUCGUCCCCUAAUAUACCGGGUCGUGUGAUC